AUGGUUUCUCUUUUGACUACAAAGCCCAAGCUCGUUUUUUUCCUCUCUUCUUCUUCUCCACGAACUCUAAACACAUCACCGUCAUUGAAUUUCACCAGAAUUUCGUUCAACCAAACCCAAAAGCUUGCACCUUUCAGGCCACCGAGUCUCGUAGCUGCAUUCUCUGAAAAGGGUCUUAAGAGAGAUGUCACGGCAUCUGCGGCGGCGACGGAGGAGGCCGGAGAUUACAGAAGGAUAAUGCUCUCCGAUGUGUUGGUGAAGAAGAAGGAGAAAGUGUUUUGGUGGGAAAGAGAAUGGAAACCGAUGGAUUUUGGAGCUGUUGCUGUGGUUUUGUCUAUGCAUUUGCUUAGCUUAUUGGCUCCGUUUCAAUUCAAUUGGAGAGCUGUUUCGGUUGCUUUUGUGCUUUAUAUCGUCACUGGUCUUUUGGGUAUUACUCUGUCUUUCCAUAGGAAUCUCUCUCACAAAAGCUUCAAGCUUCCCAAAUGGCUUGAGUACUUGUUCGCGUAUUGUGGAGCUCAAGCUCUUCAGGGGAAUCCAAUUGAUUGGGUGAGUACACAUAGGUACCAUCAUCAGUUUUGUGAUUCAGACAGAGACCCUCAUAGCCCACUUGAGGGGUUUUGGUUCAGUCAUAUGAAUUGGAUGUUUGAUACCAAUACAAUCACCCAAAGGGUUGGAGAGCCUAAUAAUGUUGGGGAUUUGGAGAAGCAGCCAUUCUAUCAAUUUCUUCGAACCACCUACAUUUUGCAUCCGGUGGCUUUAGCGGUAGCUCUAUACGCAAUGGGCGGUUUUCCCUUCAUCGUUUGGGGAAUGGGUGUAAGAAUAGUAUGGGUAUAUCAUAUAACUUGGCUAGUGAACUCAGCUUGUCAUGUAUGGGGAAAACAAGCAUGGAACACCGGCGAUUUGUCUAAGAACAACUGGUGGGUAGCAGCUCUAGCAUUCGGGGAAGGAUGGCACAACAAUCACCAUGCUUUUGAGUUCUCAGCUCGACACGGCUUAGAAUGGUGGCAACUUGAUAUGACUUGGUACGUCGUUAGAUUUCUCCAAGCCAUCGGUUUAGCAACCGAUGUUAAGCUUCCAUCGGAAGCACAGAAACAACGAAUGGCAUUGACCAGCGACUGA